AUGGAACCACAUGAAAAUAUGACAUGUAUUCUUCCUGAAUCGGUUGUAGUGAGGUUAUGGGAAAAUCUCGAUGGUUCAGAUGUUUCAAGAGAUAUACUCCACAAUGAAGAGAAUGAACCCGAACCGCAAGUAGGCAUUCAUGUUAUAGACGAUGUUACAUAUUUAAAUGUUCUUGUUAAGGAUGCAGGAGGAAUACCAUUGGAUUUACACAGAAGUUCUGCUGUCACAAGCAUAAAAUAA